AUCUCCUCUUAUAUAGAAACGCACCCUAUUCUUCUUUCUUUGCAUCACAUAUUUGUUCUUGAAUCUGUAUCUAUUUUCAGCUAAAUUUCUCAUAAACAAGAGAGAGAGAAAAAUAUAAUGAGAAAUGGAAAGAAUGUUCCAAUCAAAGAAUCCCUCGACUAUGAUGAAUUCUAUUGAUAGACCCAUGUGUGUUCAAGGUGAUUCUGGCCUUGUCCUCACCACUGAUCCAAAACCACGGCUUCGUUGGACUGUCGAACUCCAUGAACGCUUCAUCGAUGCUGUUGCUCAGCUUGGAGGACCGGAUAAAGCCACUCCUAAAACAAUCAUGAGGGUUAUGGGUGUGAAGGGUCUUACCCUUUACCACCUCAAGAGCCACCUUCAGAAAUUUAGGCUUGGAAAGCAACCCCACAAGGAAUUCAAUGAACAAUCGAUUAAGGAUGGUAUGAGAGUUUCAGCUUUUGAACUGCAACGAAAUACUGGCACCUCGUCUUCUAUGACUGGCCGCAACAUGAAUGAGAUGCAAAUGGAGGUGCACAGAAGAUUGCAUGAACAAUUAGAGGUUCAAAAGCACCUUCAAUUGAGGAUUGAGGCCCAAGGAAAAUACAUGCAAAGUAUAUUAGAGAAAGCUUAUCACACACUUGCAGGAGAAAACAUGGCAGCUGCAGCUACAAAUUUCAAGGGUAUAAAUGGAACUCAAAGCAUCCCUGACAUGAAAGAUUUUGUUUCUCCUCUUAAUAACUUUCCUCAUUUCCAAGACCUUAACAUUUGUGGUAGUGAUGAGGUACAGCUCGAGAGACCAAUCCUUGAAGGAUUUAUGCCAACUAAUAAUAAUGAAAACAUGGUUGUUGGGAAGACAAGGACUAACCCUUUUGAUGAAAAUGGAAAGAGUCCCUUAAUUUGGAACAAUAAUGAUCUCAGGCUUCAUGAUUUUGGAACAACUUCAUCGUGCAUUAGUCCUCAAGAUGUUCCUAGUUUCAAAACUGACUCAUUGGAUGAAAGUGAUGAAAGUGAUCCUACUGGUGAAGCUUAUGACACAAAGGUGAGUGAGAAGAAGUUUGGUGCAUCUAUGAAGCUUGGAAUAACAACACCUAUGAUCAAUGAUGUGGGAACUGGUAGAAGCUUAUUACCAUUUGGUUGAGAAUAUUUCUUAUAAUUAUCUUUUAUAUAUUACUUACUUUAUUAGAAAACAAACGGUAGCUAUUUUUGAGUUUGGUUUUAGAAGUCAGUAUACUAGGGUUAUUUUUCACUUUUGUUUAUGGUAUAUAUGGAUUUCAUUGCAUGACAUAUACCAAAAAUCUUAUUGACUCUAAUCUAUCUUUUUUUUAA